AUGAUUACCAACAACCAACUUAUCCAAACCACCAGUUACUUGUUCGCCAUCGCUAUUGCAAUGGUACUAUCCGUCAUGGUCUUCGUAAAGGACAUUCUCGCUCUUAUCACAUUCCGCACGUCAUGCACUGCCGUGCCGGAAUAUCCUCGCAUUCCCGUUGCGGUCAAGGUCGAAGUCGUUACCACACAAUACUCGACGGUUGAACCAUCGUCGUCUUUCUCCGACUCUACCUUGAUUGAAAUAUCAUCAGAACGCUACGGCGGCGCACGACUUGUCCUGAACCAUACGGUCUUGAAGGAGAUUAUCCAGACCGCCCAGGCCACUGAAGUCAUCGAUAACACACUCGUGCGUGGACCGCUGCCAUAG